AUAAUUGUAAUUUGUCAACAUACUGUUAUAACAUAUGUGACAUAAAAUGUAGGUUAUGUAGAGUUUCUAUAUUUCAAUUGAUAAUUUAAAAUAUCCGGUUUUCCAUAUCGUACCGCCCACCAUAUAGAGUUUUAUCAUAAUGUUAUUUUUAGUUGUAAAUAUGUGGAAAUUCCAAAACGUGAUGAAUUAGAAAUUGACAGUUACUUGGAUUUGGAACUAGCUAAUAUGUUGUGGAUAUUACACAAUAAUGUCAACAGAUCUUAGUUCUGCUUCUGUACCUCAGUUUUAUAGACAAUUAUUUGAUGCUUGUUCAAAUGAUGGGCAACCAAUACUUUCUGAAGUUUAUCAAAAUUUACUUACUAAAUGUAAAUUAUCUACUGCCCAAAUUGAAAAAAUAUAUAAUCUAAUUAAACCUUCUUCUGAAGGUAUUAAUAGAACCAAUUUUUAUAAAACUCUUGCCUUGAUUGCUUGGAGUCAACAAGGAAAACAACUAUCUGAUAAGUUAUUUGAAAAUUGUACAGAAAAGGAAUAUCCAACUCCAGAAAUCAAUGAUGUAGCUCAAAUGAGAAAUCUGAAAAUACAACUUUACAAGAAACAGGGUUUAAAUACAUUUAGUUAUUGUUCAAUUAUAAAAAGAGAUUCUAUAAAUGUUCAUUUAGUACCUGAAAAGAAAGGAUUAAUUUUAAAAUACUCAGAGUAUAUUGUUACUUCAGAAAGAUUCAAUACUAAAGUUACCAGAAGAUACAAUGAUUUUGUUGCUUUAAAGGAACUGUUACUUAAUAGAUUUCCUUACAGACUAGUUCCAUCUUUACCGCCGAAAAAAAUUGUUUCUGAUGCCCACUUUUUAGAAUCCAGAAGGAGAGCUUUACAAAGAUGGUUAACACUAGUUUGCAGACAUCCAGUCAUUUCUCAGGACCCUAUCAUGAUAUUUUUUCUUAUUGAUCAGGGUCCUGAUUUUCAACAUAGGAUAAAGGAUGUAUUUGGAAGAGUACCAGAUGAGUUCACAACUUCAGAUAUUGCAGCUACUGCUAAGGAACUACUACCACCAGAAUAUAGCCAGAUGGCAGUAAACUCUCAGAAUAUAAGAACUCUUGUGAAUGUUAUUGGUAAAAUGAAGCAUCUAACAGAAGAAAAUGUUGAGAGAUGUAAUUCGUCAGGACGAGACUUUGACGAACUUAUCAACCAAAUUAAAAUUCUCAGCACACUAAAUAUUGAACGAGCUCAAAACAGUAUAGAAAAUUGGGGUGACAUGCAAAAAGGAUUCGAUAUUAUGUCCAGAGAAAUGCCAAUACUAUCAAAUAAAUUAAAUCAACAUGGGUACUUACAACAAAAUGAGGUAUGUGAAAGACUAGGAUUACUAUUGGAUAUAUUAGUUGCACAUAAAGAUUUGUGUGAACGGUUAGAAAAAGGUCUACAUCAUGAUCAUGCAGCUGCUCUUUCAAAAUUGCUGUCUAUGAAAAAAAGAAAAAUACAGGGUGUUAUUAGGGGAACAGAUGCUGAAAGUGUUGAACAUUUAGAAUCAAAAAUGUUAACUCAAGAAAACGUGAUUACAAAUAUGGAAUUACGGGCAGAUUUUAGUUUAUAUUGUGUUCAUAUGGAAACUCAAUUAGUAUAUGCUUAUCUAGAAACACUUGCGGAUAUUAUGAAAAAUUUAAUGAAUCUCCAAAUCAAAUCUCAUUUUGAACUACAUGACAUUUGGAAUAGAGUGCAAACUUCGGUCCAACCAUUUUUUCGUUGUGAUAAUGUCAACGGCGAUGUUUUAAACAACAAUUAGUCUAUUUAUUUAUAUAACUUGUACAUUUUAAUAGCAAUAACAAGUGUAAAUAUAAAGUAUUUAAAGGUUAUGGGAACAUAUUUAUAAAUUGAGUUAUUUAAUAUAUUUUAGUAAAAAUGUUGAUCUAAUUGCCGAUAAAUAAUUGUUUAAGAAGGUGUCGGGAUCAUAAAGCGAUCGAUGUUAAAAAAUAAAAAUAAUUUCGUUUAUCUUGACAAUGUAAUAAUGCUAGUAUAAUUAUUAAUUGCUUACAGAACAUUUUUUUAAAUCGAGAACAAUGAAGAUGACACACUAUAAUUUGUUUGGUAUAAAAUAAUAUUAGCAGUUCCAUCUUUCUCUAAUCAUGAUUAAAUGCUACUAUUAGAUGUAUAAAAAUGCAAUACAAUAAGUUUUUUCUUCUAAAAAUUAUUCCACUGUUAACCAUUCUUAUCAGUCACAAGUUUCGCAUGUUUCACUAUAAUGGAUAAGGUCAAUAAUUUGUUAAUUAGAUAGAUAAAUAUAAGCUUGGUUUAUGCAGCCAAAAUUAAAACAUUAAACUAAAUAGAAAUUUCAUAUAUGGGUCCUUUUUGUUAUACAAAUGUGGAAAGCUCCUGACACUGUCUUAUCAUUGUUCCAUCGUCGAAAGGGCAUUGCUAACCAUCAGACAUUGCAUUUUUUUAUAUCACUUUUAAAAUUAAAACACCACGGCGGAAAGUGGCGCAUUAACGUGAAUAAUAUUUCCAUAACCAAAUAACAAGGAUGUUGUUAUGUACCAUUUCAGUGUCUCAACAAUUUAAUUAGUUAGUUUAAUGGUAAUUUUUGAUUUUGGCUGAUAUAGUAACAUAUUAGUUGGAGAAACUGAGGAACAUGUUGUGGUCUUUGAUUUGUAUUCUCUUUACUAAUGUUCUGCAUCCAGAGAUUAAAUACCUUACUCGGCACAAUUUGCAUAAACUUUCCCUAGCUUUAUCCAACAAUUAUAGACACAAUGGAUUGAUUAGCUCUCCAAAUCUGUCGGGCCAAAUCAUUUACAAGGUCAAAUCGAAUAUGUUAUCAUAUGAAGACCACAGGAUAAAAAGGGGGAAUGCCACAAAAUCCUAUAUUUGCAGAAGAGGAGAAUUAAAGUUUCAAACCCUGUAUCUUUAAGAAAAGUGCAAAUGUCAAAAAAAUGAAUUUGUUUUUCUUAAUAUAUCGACAAUAUUCGUCACUGCAUAAAGAAACCCUUGCGAAAUAUUACAAUGAAUAAAAAAUGUUUUAUUGUCGUUACUACAUUUUGUAAAUUGCAAGAAGAGGAAAUGUCCACUUUGGUUCACUCAAUCUACAAAGUAACUGUCUUGCUUUUUUCCAGUGCGUUUUUUUCUUCGAGUUCCCACGUCGGAAUUAUUGCUUUCUUGAUUAUGAGGGAGUGUAGAAUAAAACUCAUCGGCCUCCUAGCCUCCUGAUUGCAGCAGAAUCGCUUCAAACAUUGCAGGUCUUUAAUUUUGUCAGCACUUAUAGGUAGCAUAUCUAAAAAGUUUUUGAUUAUGUCAUGCAGCUGUUUUACAAACUUUAAAAGCCUACCUUUGUACAAAUACCCGGGUAGUUCAAAUUCAUGUAUGUUCAGUGACAAUUUGCGUCCAUCUAUAAUAACGUUGCUUUCCCACAUGCCAUCCUAAGUUGCUCGGUGCAACACAAAUAUUGGAUGAUCUUUAACAACUCUGAGCUCACGAACUGGACGUGUUUUAAACGGACACGGUUUCCAGUAUAAAGACGUCAUAUGUGUGGUCCAGCUUCUGAAGUAGCUUUGUGUCACUUGCAACACGUCAAAUGGACUCUGUUUAACUCUAGCUGCCCGAAACACUUGAAUCCAUUCACUAGGCAGUUCUACUACAGUCUUCUGUUUUAUUAGUCCAAGAUCUUUGUCGCACUCCAUGUAAGAGUGCCCCCGAAUUGGAAAGGAAACUUUUAAUGAAACCAGUUUUCAUUGAAAAUGAACUAAGUGAUGAAUGUAACGGAAGAGCGAAUAGUUUUUGUUUUGGCCUCCACAGGAUUCGUAAAAGAUUUCCAAAUUCUUUACGCGGUGAUCCAAAAAAUUGUAAAGAAAGUGAUGUAAUAUGGAACAAACUGCAUCACUUCCUUUACCGCCACCUGUCUCUGGGUAUACCUAGAAAAUACUUUGUGCAGUAGAAAGAACAUGUAUAUUAAAUGAAUAGACGGACAGCUGUCUUUUUUAGUAAACAUGUAGUAAUAUUAGGAACUGGCAGGUUCUUUGCAAAAUCCAUGCAUAUAGCUUCUUGAGUUUCAUCUGUUCUACUUGCAAAUUUAGCAACUUUUUUCCUUCCUGUAAAACUGUAAAGCCUUCAGUUUAUGCAACUUAUUGCUGGUUUCCAGUCUUCUGAUUUCAGCUUUAAUUUGAUUUAGUUCAUUUCCCGAUGUAGUCAACGUUUAUGAUUGCAAAGAUUUAAUUUUUGCCAAAAACUCGUCGUAACUACUGCAAGUGUCAGAUCUGGGAUACCCAAAUGAAAUGUUAAAGUGUUUCGAAAAUAUCUGACGAUAGGUUUCAUAGGAAACAUGGACCCUUUGCUUGUUCUAUAAACAUCUUGUACAUUUUUUUAAUGUUUAGCUCUUCCUGUAAAUACAAUUUUGAAGAUUUUUUAAUACUAUAAUGGCCUUGUCGUCCCUUGAAUGUUUUGAUGUAUUCAAUAAUUGCGUCCUUUAUUUUUGUGUCUAAUUUAUUUGCCCUGUUGCUAUGUUUCCCACGUCUGUCUACUGGAACCAUACCAGCCAUUUUCAGCGAGCUUUGCAACACUUCGAGCUCCUUCUUUUUAAUGCCAUGUAUCGAAAGGAAAGCCUUGUAACAGACAGGAAUUUCCUUUGUUUCGCCAUCGCAAGAAAAUCUUACUUUGUAUGAAAAUGAUUCGUCUUGAAAUUUUGCGGACGUUUCAUCCACACGUGGUCUCCACCUUUGAACAGGGUGUACACUGAUCAGACCACACACAUAAAUGUUCUGUUCGUUUGUACUUUUCAGUAGGUUGAAAUUUCUUAUAAUACUGUGCCUUGCAGCCGGCGGAACGUUUUCAAAAACUUUCACUUUCGCUACUUCUUUCCGCCAUUUGUUUAGUGAAAAGUUUCCAUUCUACGCAACAGGAACGAACACGAAUGAGUGAACAUGCAGGUCAUGUUACCCCGACCAACAUUAUUGGGCCAUCCCCCGUUCUUUAUCUGUGACGCGGUGACAUUUCCCCUUGUUGCACUGUGUAGAAGAAAUUUAAGUUGGUAUAUUUCGCGACUCUUCGCUUUCUUGCCGUUGAAACCUUGCCAGAAUAUAGAGCACGAAAUAUACUACAAGAUGUCGUUCAUGCCGCAAAAUGAUAUAAUAUUGGACAUUCCCCCUUUUUAGCCCGUACUCUUCAUAUGUGCUCGGCCGAGAGCGCGCCCAUGCCUUAUGUUCUAUUUCUUUAGAUUUUAGAGUAAUUCUGUUUAUUUAAAGAAUAUUUAGGUUUUGACAAUUUAAAAAUACUUUAUUUUAGUUAUAUAAUUAAAUAUUUGUAAUUAAAAGCUUGAAGUUGAAACAAAUAUUAACAUAAUACUGUUUAAAUGUGUUUCCAACAACUUUCAAUCAAGAAGUUAUGUUUAAAAUGAGGUAGAGACUUGGAGGAAUUAGUUGUAAAUUCAUUUAUUUACCAAAAUAAUGUAUUAAAUUAAAAUAAUAAUAAUUAAGCAGCAGUGUUAUGUCCGUACUUAAAUACUAAUAUAUUAUUUUAGAAUAUUAUAAAAUAUCCACCUUCAGUUACAAUUUUUUUCGACUUCUUUAAUUUGCUGACGGCAGUUUUAUUAAGCUUUGCAUAACAAAUUUACUUGUCGAAAUAAAUAAAAUUAUUGCAUGCUAUUAAUAGUCUAAAGAACGUAAAAAGUUUAUUUGUCUUUUUUCUAAUUCAAACCAGACUAAAAGUACUUCAGAAAACACAAAUUUAUUUAAGAAAAUCACAGGAUUAUACGCCAACUGAAUGUCAACAAACAAUUCAACACCGAUGAUGACGUUAGAUGACAUUUCAAAGGUCUUCUAUCCCCUCCAAAAUUUCUAAGACAGGUUAAAUAGAAUUGAGCGAUCCUUUGUGUCCAUAAUCCUUGAGUUUUAUGAAAAACUUGUGAUAUAAACACAGUUACCUCUUUGACAUUAUUCAGAGGAAUCAGUUAUAUUUUGUUAUCCGUUUUUGCUAAACAUAAUUUAGCAGUUGAUUUUUUUCAUUUUCAUUUAAGCAUUGUCCUAACAUUUGCAGUCUGUGUGAAAAGAAUGUAAAGAUAUUUGAAUUGAAGCCAUCUUCCAAAAACUUUAGAUAUAAAUUUUAUUUUUACCUUUUAAAUUACUAGUUAAGUAUAAAUUGAGUUCAUCCUAUAUAAUUUUUUGUUACUAAUUUAUUACCUAAGUGCUUAUUACUUCCAAGUUUCUUAAAAUAUUGGACAAUUUUGUAAUUAGGUUUUAAUUAAAAAAUUUUUUUUUGUUAUUUAAUUGUUAUAUUCCAUUAUUAUUUUGCUAUCAAUUGAUUUGAUAAUACUUCAAACAUUCCAUUGCUACGUAUUUCUGUACACUAUGUUAAAUCAAUUUAAUAAAACUUUUUUCAUACUGUACUGUCGACUUUACAGUAGUUGUACUUUACAGUACUCUUGAAUUCUUCCAAUCCCGUUAGAAGUAAUUAGAAAUAAAAAAUCAAUUAACAUCAAUAACUAAACUUUUAUUCUAAUUUUUGAAUGAUAACAGUAAUAGUGCCACUACUGUUACCAGAAACAUUUAUUGUAGGAAUUACUGGAUGUACUUCUUUAUUUUCAAUCAUGCUGGGAGAUGUGUGGUUUUUGGUUUAACACUUGUACAAAAGUUUCACUUCCUUGUAUCAUUCUUGCUAUUUUCUUUUUGUUCUCGAUGGAUUCUUCCGCAUAUUUUUCAGCCACUUAUGAACUCUUCCAUCCACUAUGCCGUUUUAAAACAUUGAUAUCGGCCCCAGCGUUGACGAAGUCCUUCUGAAGCAAUGUCCGGUGUACUUUUCUGGAUGCUCAAAAUUAAGGAAUUCUUUUAGGUGCCCCGCCAACAGUGUGUAGUCCAACUCUUUGACCUACGCAUUUUCCUUGUCUGUAACAUACCAAAAGUGCUUUUAGUAAAAGUUAUUUUCACAAAUUUUUAUAUUUUCUGAACACAUCCAAAUAUUGCUCCGCAUUGCUGUUGAUCACAGUAAAAUCCCGACGAACAUGUGUUUUUGUGUAAUUAAUACGAACCACUAACUGAGAUUCAGUAUUCUCUACAUCGUCUACUUCUAAAUUAUAAAUGUCUUCCCUUCGACAACCUUCGGCAAUGCGAAUUAAUGCGACAACUUUCACCAGUAAAUAGUCUUUGUCUGGGGCGUCCCUCAUAAAUGUUACUUUUCCCUUCGACUGAUUUGUAUGGUAGUUUAUACUUUGUUUUUUUUUUAGAAGCUAUUAACUUAGAAACGGGAAAUGUUGACAUUCUCAUUAACCAUAAUCAUUGAUUGACCAUCGAGUAUUUAGACCAUAAUGAAGAGAUAUUGAGGUUUUUUUACUGAAAGUCUAAGGUUUGAAAAGAAUUCUUCUAAAAAACAACUGUUCUUACCACAUAAAAAAAAUAAGCCAACAUCACAUUUUCAUCAGCACUUUUUAGCUCAUAUUUCUAACGGCAGUCGCAAAACUACGUACCGUCAAUGUGUUUUGGAAUUAGACCUUGUUAUUCCAUAGGGACCGUCAUAAUACACCUCAUUCUAAAUGAUUGUGUGUAUAAUAAAUAUAUGGUCUCUGGAUCAAAACAAAAUGAAUUGUUGUCGAAUUCGAAGUGUUUAUUUUUCAUAUUUUGUGAAUACAAAUAGAUACAAAUAAAACCGAAACAAAGUAUAUUUCAAUGUUAUAAGUUGAAACUGUACAGGUACAUUGGUGGUUCUCGUACACAUCCCACUGAGUCGCCUUUCUCCCAUCUCUUUGGGAUAUUAUCUUAGAACAGUUAGAACAAAAAAUUGAUCCGGUUUUUUGUAAAUGUUUCAAAUUUGGUUUAGUUGAUGCAACAUCUUCAAGAUUAGAAGUCAAUUGCUCUACAAGAAAUUUUAAAAAUUGUGCAUGCCGUUUAACCUUUUGAAAACAAGACUAAAUGAAUUGCUAUAAAAGGAUUAAUAUCAUGGUAUCAAUAAAGAUAUGAACAAAUUAUUUCAUUUCAUACACUGCAGACGUUUAAACAUGAUUAACAAUAAUUGAAAUUAAAAAAAAAAGGUUACAUUUACAGUUAAACAAAAAUUAUUUGUGUGAGAUGAAGAAAUGCACUCAGAGUUUCUCUCUUUACAUCUGGUGUAUAAUUUUACUAAAAUUUGAUCAUUACAUGUUUCCAAAAACUACUUGUUCAAUGUUAUAGAGUCUAAAAUAAUCAAAGCAAAUGUACCAUUUUGAUAACUACGGACAAUUUUAGAAGUCUUAUGGAAUUAAUAUUACUUAAAGUUACUCCACAUAAUUAUUUUAUAAAAACAUUUUAAUCCCAAGAUCAAACUGUUAUUAGUUUGAAUGUAACAUGCAUUUAUAGACAUAUUUAAUACUGUUAACUAGUGCCUUUUCCACAAAAUAUGUGAUUAUUUUUUUAUAUCUUCAAUAAAAUUUAUAAUAAUCA